CCGCUUACAUUUUUAAUCUAAGAGCAGACGUUCGUCCGAUUCUCACACUGACAGCAGAAAAUGAAACAUUUCAUCUUAAUGUGUCUCUUGCUCUUCAUACACACAUCUCAGAGCCAACUACAACAUCAGAGGUCCACUGAGGGAGCUGAUGUCUUUCUCAUCUGUAAACAUGAAGGGAAAGUGCAGUGGAGUAAAGGCAGAGAUGGAUAUAGACUGAUAAUCCUCACUGCAGAAAGAUCGGAGGAGAUAAAAAAACACAGUGCAGAUCCUCAUAACCGUUAUAGUGUGAUAGAUGAUUUAGAUCUACACAUCAAGAAUGUUUCUCUCUCUGAUUCUGGAAUUUACUACUGUAAUGCAACAGCAACUGUGAAUCUGACAGUAACAGCAUCAGAUUUUUCAAAGCCAACUGAGUCCAGCAAAAGUUCAACAGAAGCCACCACACCAGCACCAGAGAUCUCUACCAGUGUAGCUCAAACCAGAAAAACUCACAACACAGAUCAACCCAAACCAACACAAGAACUACAACAUCAGAGGUCCACUGAGGGAGCUGAUGUCUUUCUCAUCUGUAAACAUGAAGGGAAAGUGCAGUGGACUAAAGGCAGAGAUGGAUAUAGACUGAUGAUCCUCACUGCAGAAAGAUCGGAGGAGAUAAAAAAACACAAUGCAGAUCCUCAUAACCGUUAUAGUGUGAUAGAUGAUUUAGAUCUACACAUCAAGAAUGUUUCUCUCUCUGAUUCUGGAAUUUACUACUGUAAUGCAACAGCAACUGUGAAUCUGACAGUAACAGCAUCAGAUUUUUCAAAGCCAACUGAGUCCAGCAAAAGUUCAACAGAAGCCACCACACCAGCACCAGUAUUUUUUCCACUUCUGCCCAUUUCAGAGAUCUCUACCAGUGUAGCUCAAACCAGAAAAACUCACAACACAGAUCAACCCAAACCAACACAAGAACUACACCAUCAGAGGUCCACUGAGGGAGCUGAUGUCUUUCUCAUCUGUAAACAUGAAGGGAAAGUGCAGUGGAGUAAAGGCAGAGAUGGAUAUAGACUGAUGAUCCUCACUGCAGAAAGCAAGGAGGAAAUAAAAAAACACAGUGCAGAUCCUCAUAACCGUUAUAGUGUUGGGGAUGACUUAGAUCUACACAUCAAGAAUGUUUCUCUCUCAGAUUCUGGAAUUUACUACUGUAAUGCAAAUGCAACUGUGAAUCUGACAGUAACAGCACCAGAUUUGAGCACAACAAGCACAAGAUCAAGCACGCGAACUGAAGAAACCAACAAAAGAAAAAAUGAACUCAAAGCAACUACAGGGUCCAUCCACAGACACUCAGAAGACAGCACACCAGCCCCAGACUCAUCUACUGCUUUCACAUAUUAUUGUAUGAAGGAAAACUAGAAGAACUUGUGAUAUGAUUCUGCUAUUAUUAAGAUUUAAGAAAAUAUUAAGAGAAGUAAUGAAUGAGCCAGUUUCUUCAGUUGUUGUUUGCAGUUGCCAUAUUGUCAAAAACUUUUCAAACAUUCAUAAUAAAUAAAUAGUUGUGUGCUUUUUUCUGUCAGGUUAUCAAGUGUUUACAUCCGGGUUUAAAGUAUAUCACAGAAUUUAACAUGAGAUUUUAUUACCAGCAAUGCGCCAUUUUAUUGUAUUACUUGUUUCUUGUUACCAAUGGCAAAAAAAAAAAUUUUAUUAAACGUUUCUGUUUCUAAAAUA